CGGAGUCUAUCAACUAUUACUUUGCUGUCAAGAGAGACAGAAUCCCAACAAUAUUGUUAGUUAGCUCUAGUCACCACUCCCCGCAACCAUGUCUGAACGUAAGGUUCUUACGAAAUACUACCCUCCCGACUUUGACCCGUCAGCCAUUACGCGCACACCCAAGCAUUUGCGCGCCACAGGUCCGAAGCUUCUCACAGUCCGAUUAAUGGCCCCGUUUAGUCUCAAAUGCACCAACUGUGGAGAGUAUAUCUACAAAGGCCGGAAGUUCAACGCUCGAAAAGAGACCACCGAUGAACGGUAUCUGAAUAUUCCAAUAUAUCGCUUCUAUAUAAGAUGCACCCGAUGCUCGAGCGAAAUUACUUUUAAAACCGACCCCAAAAACAUGGAUUAUACGUGUGAGAGAGGCGCAAAACGGAACUUCGAGCCCUGGAGAGAUGCGGCUGCGAGCCAAGUCAAUGAAACCGAAGAAGAGACACUCGAUCGACUCGAGAGGGAAGAAAAUGAGGCAGAGGAGAGAGCACAGAGAGAUAAGAUGAUGGAACUCGAAGAAAAGAUGUUGGACUCAAAACGAGAGAUGGCCGUCGCUGAUGCGUUGGAUGAGAUUCGAACGAGGAAUGCCAGAAUUGAGCGUGGAGAAAGGGGCGGGGAAGAAGCAGCCCUUCUACGAGCGAGACGGGAGGCAGAAGAUGCGCAAGCAAAAGCCGAUGCGGAGGAUGCUGAAAUCGCGCGAAGAGUCUUUAUGACUAAAGAUGGCGAGCGCGUGAAGCGAUUAGUUGAAGAGAGCGACACAGGAGACUCGCCCGUACCGAAUUCUGCAGAGAUGCCGCCACCGUCAUUUGCGAGGGUAAAAAAGCCUAAAAAGCCGUUCUCAGCCGGUCUGGGAAUAAAAAAGAAAACUUCUUUAGUUUAAGUCCAUGGCAUAUUUCCUCAUUUUGCGGAAGGCGUUUUGCGGCACUCUCCUGGAUAUUCUGUAGUAUCAAUACCCCUUUUAUAUUUAAUGUUCAAAAAGGGCAAUAGUUGAUGAAAUGAAAUUGUGAAUUCAGAAUUUAACAUUAGGAAUUUAGAAUAAUUCCAUACAUAAUGAAAUGAAUAACCCAGCAAAUCCUGACCAGUUUGACCAGUUCAACCAGUUGCCCGAAGGGACGAUCAUCCAGGGCAUUUUCAUAUCCGACAACGCCAUGCUAAAGUACACCUUUGGUCAACUUAUCAUGUCAUGUCCAUCAAACGUAGACCCUUAGAGCGCGAAAUCAUCAAACCACAACUGAUAAUACAUUACGAAAAAAAAAAAAAAUCAAAGAAGCUAUAAACGCAAGAAUAAAAAGAAAAGGAGAGACAUGAAAACUUGACAGAUUACAUGUAUGGCAUCCACAGAGCCUCGCACUGUGCCAAACUCUGGGGGUUAACUGCCUUGGAAAUAAGGUCGAUAGCGGAUUGGUUGGCAGGAAGGUUGCCCUCAGGAGGACUGGCCAAACUGAUAGCUCGGUUGACAAUGAAAUCAAUAUUGCUCUGCACUAGGUCUUUCAUUUGCGGUAGAACGCGUUGUUGAGCGGCGGCCCAGAUUAGUAGUUCAUCGCGAACGAAAAUGCUCAGUUGCUGUUCUAACUCAAGCCGCGGUUCCGUGAGACAUCUAGCAAUCGCCAUGAUUGCGCACGCAAAGAUUCCUUCCGUGGCCAAUGGACCCAUUAAGGUCUGGAUGUUGGGCGUGAGUCUAAAUGGAACGUGUUCGGGGUUGUAAAAAAGGGCUUUCGCGUUGUUCAUGGCCGGGAUUAGCUCCGAACUCCAGAUAUCGCCGGUACGUCUAGAGAUAUGAAUCUUGCUUGGGUAGCGGUUCCCCAUGUGCAUGACAUACGUCAUGAAAGCGAUUGCAGCAUACUGAUAGGAGAACUGUCGGCGGAAGAGCCAAAAAUCUGCGUACUGGGGGUAUGUUUGUCGAAUAAAGUCUAGAAGAACCGUGUUGGGGACCCAUUUCUGCUGAAUGGCGGAGAAAAUUUCUGUUCGUAGGA